UUGUGAUUCAAAGUGUAUCUAUAAAAUAGUCUGUAUGGCAUCUAGAGAAUUAUCGACUGUUGAGAUUGUGAAUAUUGAACAAUCAAAUGAAAGGAAUCGUGAGCCACGUUGGGAACCAGAUGAGGAAGGUAUUGGUGCAGGAGGUGUCAUACUGUUCAUUCUCAUAACUAUCCUAUUCAUUUGUACAUUUCCAAUAACAAUAUUUUUUGCAAUUCGUACAGUCAAAACAUACGAAAGAGCUAUUAUUUUACGUUUUGGUCGUUUGAAACGAUCUGGUGGAAAAUAUGUUUUAGGUGCUGGAUUACAGUUUGUCAUGCCAUGCGCAGAUCAAAUGAUUCGCAUAGAUUUGCGUACAAAGACUGUGAACAUACCACCACAAGAGAUAUUGACAAGUGAUGCAGUUACUGUCGGUGUAGAUGCUGUUGUAUUCAUGCGUGUGAUUGAACCAGCUGCCGCUUUAUUAAGAGUUGAAAAUGCAGCCAAAUCAGCUGAGCUGCUGGCAGUUACUGCGUUGCGUUCAGUACUGGGAACAUAUGAAUUAUCUCAAUUAUUGACAAACCGUGACCAGAUUGAUUCCAAGCUGGCCAUUUUACUGGACCAGGCUACAGGUGAAUGGGGAAUUAAGGUGGAACGAGUUGAAAUUAAAGACGUUUCAUUGCCUCAAGAAAUGCAACGAGCCAUGGCGGCAGAAGCACAAGCUGUUAGAGCUUCUAAAGCUAAAGUGAUAGCAGCACAAGGUGAAUUAGAAGCAUCGUCGACAUUAAGAAAAGCUGCCGAGGAAAUGGCUAGAUCACCAACUGCCUUACAAUUACGUUAUUUACAAACAUUGGCUACGAUCGCAACAGAACAAAAUUCAACAAUUAUAUUUCCGUUACCCAUAGAACUACUUCAAAGUUUCUUAUCAAAGAAACAAUCGUAAUUGAUGCUCUAUUAUUUUUCGAUUGUGUGUAUCUAUAACCGUAUGUAGAUCUCCCAAUCCAUAUUUAUUGUACCUACUUUCAAGAUAAUUAUCAAGCGAGCAAAUUAACACUGAUAUCUUGCUGUAAAGACUGAACGUUUUUAAAUAAUUAAUCACUGAGAAAAAAUUGUGAGCAAAUAUUGUUACUGUAUUUUCUUCAAAAUCUGAAAUAUUCGCAUAAUUAUUAUGACUUUUAUACUGUAAUACUGUACACUUCUACAGUACUUGCAUCAGGGAUUAACAACAACGUGAAAAUCACUAAGAAACGAAGACGCAUUAGUUAGCUGGUUUUUCUAGCUUUAAAACUUCUCAGAUAGUAACCGCUGAAUCCUAAGAUAAACACCACUAAGUCAGGGUAGAUGCACUCCAGCAUGAAGCCAAGUUCAUGCUUCAUUAUAUAUUUAUAUAUACACCAAUUACUCUCUGUUUUCGUUCUAUUCUCUUCGAUCUUCUUAACCUUCUGCCCACAAACAUUUCACGUUCGAAUGAUGAUACAUACUACUUAUAUCUGUUAACAUCUGUGGGACACACCACAUUAUAUGUUUUUCUUAAAUAAAAUGUUUGUUCAUGUA